GUGACGUCACCGGUCUGAAGAGGAAGUAGAUGUCAUGUUUAUGGACUGAGGAUGUGAGAGGAGGCUGCAAACUGUCUUAAAAAUACUUUAAAGCCCCGAAGACUGACAGUUUCAGUUGAGCAGCCAUGAAGACGGUGUUUGUAACUGUCGGCACCACGAGCUUUGAUGACCUCAUUGAAACCAUCACGUGUCCAGAGGCCGUUCAGGCUUUAAAGGCUCGUGGAUAUGAACAUUUGGUUCUUCAGGUUGGUAGAGGAGCUCUUCUUCCAGCUGCUGACAGCUGUCCACACAUUAGCCUGGAGGCAUAUCGAUACAAAGACUCUAUAGCUGAAGACAUGAAGCAGGCUGACCUCGUCAUCAGCCACGCAGGCGCAGGAAGUUGUUUGGAGGCACUCGGUGCUGGCAAACCUCUGCUGGUGGUGGUCAAUGACAAGCUGAUGAACAACCACCAGCUGGAGCUGGCCCGACAGCUGCACAUGGACUCCCACUUGUUGUACUGCACAUGCAGCACUCUUACAGAAACACUGAGGUCGAUGGAUCUCUCUGUUCUGCAGCCCUUUUUGCCCGGACAGCCCAAGACUUUUGCAAAUUUUCUCGACAAAGCCCUCGGUAUCCAGUGAAACUUUAAUUUUACUUCAGUAAGAUUUUUUUAGAAUAUCAUGCAUUGUCAGAAUAUGAUACUUGGUUGUUACAUUGUGAUUGUACAGCACACAACUGUUAAACAUUUGACUGUUUUCUAUUUUUUAUAUGCAAUAAUAAUAUAUGUGUAAUUACAAA